AUGGCCGAGCCGCCGGCAGCGCCGGCCCCCGAGGGCGAGGAGGGCCCGGUGCGCUUCGCCCGCAAGGGCGCCCUGCGGCAGAAGAACGUGCACGAGGUGAAGAACCACAAGUUCACGGCGCGGUUCUUCAAGCAGCCCACCUUCUGCAGCCACUGCACCGACUUCAUCUGGGGCUUCGGCAAGCAGGGCUUCCAGUGUCAAGUUUGCUGCUUCGUCGUGCACAAGCGGUGCCAUGAGUUCGUCACCUUCUCCUGUCCUGGCGCUGACAAAGGCCCUGCCUCUGAUGAUCCCCGGAGCAAGCACAAAUUCAAAAUCCACACGUACUCCAGCCCCACCUUCUGCGACCACUGCGGGUCGUUGCUGUACGGGCUCAUCCACCAGGGCAUGAAAUGUGACACCUGCAUGAUGAACGUGCACAAGCGCUGCGUGAUGAACGUGCCCAGCCUGUGCGGGACGGACCACACGGAGCGCCGGGGGCGGAUAUACAUCCGGGCAGACAUCGACAAGGAUGUGCUCACCGUCGUAGUAAGAGAUGCUAAAAACCUAGUUCCUAUGGACCCUAAUGGCUUGUCAGAUCCCUACGUGAAGCUUAAACUAAUCCCUGACCCCAAAAAUGAAAGCAAACAGAAGACCAAAACUAUCAAGUGCUCCCUGAAUCCUGAGUGGAACGAGACAUUUAAAUUCCAACUGAAAGAGGCAGACAAAGACAGGCGGUUGUCUGUGGAGAUCUGGGACUGGGAUCUGACCAGCAGGAAUGAUUUCAUGGGCUCCUUGUCCUUUGGGAUCUCUGAGCUGCAGAAGUCGGGAGUGGAUGGAUGGUUUAAGCUGCUGAGCCAGGAGGAGGGGGAGUAUUUCAACGUCCCAGUGCCUCCCGAGGGAGAAGAAGGAAACGAGGAACUGAGGCAGAAAUUUGAGAGAGCCAAGAUCGGAACUGGGUCCAAGGCUGCGGAUGAGAAGACAAGAAAUGCCAUUUCCAAAUUUGACAACAACGGGAGCAGAGAUCGGAUGAAGCUUUCGGACUUCAACUUCCUGAUGGUGCUGGGAAAAGGAAGCUUUGGGAAGGUGAUGCUGGCGGAGAGGAAGGGCACAGACGAGCUCUAUGCUGUGAAGAUCCUGAAGAAGGACGUUGUUAUCCAGGAUGAUGAUGUGGAGUGCACGAUGGUGGAAAAACGUGUCCUGGCUCUCUCCGGGAAGCCUCCGUUCCUGACCCAGCUCCACUCCUGCUUCCAGACCAUGGAUCGCUUGUAUUUUGUGAUGGAAUAUGUGAAUGGUGGGGACUUGAUGUACCAGAUCCAGCAGGUCGGGAGGUUCAAGGAGCCCCACGCAGUGUUCUACGCAGCAGAAAUAGCCAUUGGCCUCUUCUUCCUGCAGAGCAAAGGCAUCAUUUAUCGAGACCUGAAGCUGGACAACGUGAUGCUGGAUAGCGAGGGGCACAUAAAGAUCGCAGACUUCGGCAUGUGCAAGGAGAACAUCUGGGACGGGGUGACCACCAAGACCUUCUGUGGCACUCCGGACUACAUCGCGCCCGAGAUAAUUGCUUACCAGCCCUAUGGGAAGUCUGUGGAUUGGUGGGCGUUUGGAGUCCUGCUCUAUGAGAUGUUGGCUGGCCAGGCCCCCUUUGAGGGAGAAGAUGAAGACGAGCUCUUCCAGUCCAUCAUGGAGCACAACGUCGCCUACCCCAAGUCCAUGUCCAAGGAGGCAGUGGCCAUCUGCAAAGGGCUGAUGACCAAGCACCCCGCCAAGCGCCUGGGCUGCGGCCCGGAGGGGGAGCGGGACAUCAAGGAGCACGCCUUCUUCCGCUACAUCGACUGGGACAAGCUGGAGCGCAAGGAGAUCCAGCCCCCCUUCAAGCCAAAGGCUAAAGACAAGCGCGACACUUCCAACUUCGACAAAGAGUUCACCCGGCAGCCGGUGGAGCUCACGCCCACGGAUAAACUCUUCAUCAUGAACUUGGACCAGAACGAGUUUGCUGGAUUCUCCUACACUAACCCCGAGUUUGUCAUUAACGUGUAGUCGCGGUGCCAGCCCUCUCCUCGCUGUCCCAACUCCAGGUCGCCUUGUACAUACCGACACUAGUCUUCCGGGAUUAGCAGUGCAGACACACAUUCCCUCCCGCCAAACACGCCGACCGCUUCUCCUAGGAGGCCUCUCCAUGUCCGUGCCACUCGCUAGCUUGGUUUCCCUAGCCGGAGGUGUCCGGGGUGCCAGUUACCGAUCAGUGAUACUUCUAGGAACUGUAGUUGGUGGUGACUAAUAGAGUUUUCAAACAGAAAUAUACCAAAUUGCUACAGUCUCUGUAAUUUUUGCAGUGGAAUGCUGAGAUCCCAGUGACCCAGCUACUCCCAAAGCGUUGCUGUGGAAUGCUAAGCAUGGUUGAUCGCUUAAAGCGUUGUGCUGAAGCUUGCAAUGAGUGUGAGCUUGUCUUAGAGGAGCCUUUUGUUCAAGACAUGGGUACAUUUGAUCAGUGUGGAAAAAUCUGCUUAUAGACCUAUAUUUUUCAAUGCAUUGUCUAUAGGGUCAGCCCGGCUCUCUGGAGUGUCCUCCCCCACCAUCCUUCCCCGUGCUCGGGCAUUACGACUCCAAACCAAUCCCAUGCCAGUUCUUGUAAAUCAGAGCAAAUCUUUUUCUAAGUGAAAGGUGGGGGUUUUUUUGUAACAUCUGGAACAGUUUGCAGUUUUGAUACGCUCUGUCAGCACUCGCAUAAAUCUUUCGCAGACACUGUCGAGAUGUAACAGCUCUGUAAAGGAUAUUAAUAUUCUACCAAAACAGAACACAUUUAUAUUCUCGGUUUACAAUUUACCAACUGAAAACACGCCCAAGACCAAAGGGCUGCACUGAGGGCUAUUUAUAACGGAAACUUUUCUACUUUACACCCUCUGCUAUUCUCUUCCAGGCUCCAAACCCAUGGAUUUCACAGGCAUCUUGAUUUCCCUGAUUUCCACCAAAAUUCCUGGGGGUUUUAGUCAGUAAUCCAGGACCUUCUGCAUAAUUUAAAAAAAAAAACUAUGAAUGAGAAGAGACAAUUUUGUAGCUGUUCGUGAGGCAGAGCCGUGGUGUGUGGGAGGGCAGGGGUGGGCAGGAGGAGGCAGGAGUGAGCAGGGGCUGGAAGGAGGGCACAACAGGCAGGAGCGGGCAGGGGUGGGCAGGAGGAGACAGGGGUGAGCAGGGACUGGAAGGAGGGGACAACAACAGGCAGGAGCAGACAGGUGGUCAGGAGUGGGCAGGUGGAGGCAGGAGCAGGCAGAUGUAGGAUAGGGUAGGCAGGGGCAGGCAGGAGGGGAUGAGAGCAACCAGAAGCAGGUAGGAGCAGGCAGGUGUGGGCAGGGGCAGACAGUAGCAAGGGCAGGCAGGUGGAGGAAGAAGCAGGCAGGGGAGGUCAGGAGUGGACAGGCAGGAGCAAGGGCAGGCAGAUGAGGGCAGGAGUGGAUAGGGGCAGGUAGGAAGGAGCAGGUAGGUGUGGGCAAGAGCAGGCAGGAGUGGGCAGGGGUGGUCAGGGACAGACAGAUGUGGGCAGGGGCAGGCAGGGGCUGCCCAUCAGAAGCUGGGCAGUGGCUCUGGCUGUUGGGCACACAGAGGCCUCUGGAUCCCCGUCCCCACUCCCGUCCCAGCCCAGACUGGCUGGUUUGCAGAACCCCCCUGUGUGUGUUUGCUGAACCAGCAGCGGUUCUGCUGUGCACAGCCAUUCCUCCGUGCCAUGGGGAAUUGGGGUGGGAUUUUAUCAGUCAGGAGGAGUUCCAUAGAGGAAAUUCUGGUUGUAGAUCUUUUAUAAACAUCAAGCUAUACCUUUGGAAAUUUUCUUUUCUUUUGAUGAUUCCUUGAGAACAAAGGCUGCGGGCAGCGAAGCCGAUGUCCCGGUGCCAGGACGGGUGUCCUCGCUCCGUUACCAGCCACGGGCACUGUCCUGUGCCUGCUGGGGCGUGAGCCGAGCCCGCGGCCCCGGGUCCUGCCCUGGGCUGGAGGAAACCAAACCAAACCCAGAAAAACUGCAAAUUGUGCCAGAUGGAGGAGGGUGUUUAUGAGAGGCCCAGGCAGGCUCGGGGGGCUGGGGGCUGGUGAGGGCUCCCGUGGGCCCGGCGUGUUCCCGAGGAUGUCCCGCCAUCCUCUGCAGCCCACAGCUGAUGGCAGAGCAUGUGUGUUACUGUGACCUUCAAACCUGUUGCUGCAGAAUUAGUGUUACUUCAGUGGUGAAUGUUUUUUAUUUCCGUAUCUUCGGCUCUGAAGGCGCUCCCAGGUCUGCCCAGGAUGCUGCUGGAAGGUCUCCGGGGCUGAGGGGCACCUUGGGGCUGUGGGCACGUGCAGGGGGGAGUCACAUCUUUUCUGUUUAGGACUUCUGUGUCUGUGUUGGGGUGACACUCGUGUGUGGAGCAGGCGUUGCUGGACACUGAACAAACUGGGUGGCCCUGGAGGGGACCUGUGGGGAAGCCAGGGCUGGCACCAGGCAGCCUGGGUGGCAGCUUUGGGAUUGAGAUCCAUGUUCUGGGGAGAGUUUGGCAAAGGCUGGGUCCUCUUCACAGGGCUCGUACCGUCAUUAUUCCUGACGUUGUCCAUUCUGCUGCUUGCCAAACUCUUAUUUCAAGGUUUAUUUCCAGAUGACCUGUUUCUUCUGUGGAGAAACGUGUAAUGGGAUGUGCCUGGCCCUGCACAGACGCUCAGAUCUGUGUGGACUCCUCCAAGGAAGGGCAGGGUGACAGGGGUUGAGUCACUGUUUACUGUAAUUUGAUGAUUUAAUCUUCACUAUUGGAUGGGGAGAGCAGAGCUGCAGGAGGAUGCUCAGAGCUGAGUUUCAGGAGAGCCCCAUUCACCAAUGCCCAGGUGCUCUAAUGAUGGAGAAAGCCCAGUAAAUCCAUACCAGUAAAUCCAUACCUGGAGCACGUGGUGUCCCCACUGCUGUGUGUGUGUGUCAGAGCAGUGCUGGGGACAAGGGCACAGUGUGAGGCAGGAGAAGGAUGCUCGUGGGGGACAGAGGUGGCACCUCAGCCCACUGAUGCAGGGGGGGCUUGCUGGGUGCCCCUGGCCACUUGCUGCUGCUGGGGGAGGGGGUGCAGGUCUGGUGUCCCCCAUGGAUGCAGUGGGACCGGCAGCAGGGUCGGGCAGUGGCAGAGGGGGAGGGCUGAGGGGGCAGGACAUGCGCUGCAAAGAUGGCAAGUCCUGACUUUGUGCAAGGCUGGAUUACAUCCUAGUGCUGCAGGUAAGUGGGGUUCAGGCUCUCAGGUGGUUUCCCUGGGACAGGAUGGAUCAGACAGUUCCACCUUGGCCAGUGGCUGCUCCGUGCACAGAACCUGCCCCACUCCUGCUCCCAGUGCAGCUCUGUUUGCAUGGGGCUGGGGACCUGCUGCUGCACUUGCCUCCCCUGGCUGGAGCCCUGAGCAGCCUUCUCAUGCUGAGUCCUAUCACCCAAGGAGUUAUCGAUUGAUUUAAUCCAUUUAAUAAAUAAAUGCGAGUUUGCACAGUGGCCAACCCAUGUAGACAGAGAGCCUCAAGGAUGGAAGAUGAGCAAGCACAGGGCAGUCAAUGUGCUCUGAUGAUUGUGAAUCCCAGAGCUCUGAUCUAAGGGAAGAACCAGGGGAGUUCUAGCACAGAACACAGGAUCACGCUGUUCCAAAGGUUAGGAUUGCACCUGGAGGGUGGAACUCUCUCCCACUGCUGAGUUCUGUGACUUGCCCACGGUAGCAGGAGCAGGUGAGCCUGUCUGACCACACGCCUCUGGAUCCGUGCAUGGAAGUGUCACCCAAGCUGUUUAUUUCUGAUCACAUUCAAAGUGGCAAUUAAAACAAGGAAAAAAAAAAGAAAAAUGUUUAUUGUUGAACAGUUUGUGUUUGUGCAUUUGAUUUCACCUGCAAGUAUCUGAUGACUUUUCUACAUCCUAGACUACCUGCUGUGUGUUGUCAAACGGUUCUCAUUAAGAUCUCCUUUUAGAUGGGCAUAUACUCUUGAUUCGAUUUGCUGCAUGUAUGAGAAAAUAAAAUAUAUAAUUUUAAA